AGCGUGUACUCUUUUCAGUCAUUUUAAGUCAUUUUAACACACACAGGUGUGUUAGUCUCAUCUAUAACUAGUACUUAUUUGGGGGUUUGUUGAAAUAGCAGACGAAAGCAGAUUCUUUAUUCAGCAACUUCCUUUUGGCAAAUCGACUUCAGCUUUCACCUUUGUACCAUGGAUAAUCCCACAGUUAUUACAGAGAAGAUACACCCCUCAUCUGUUGAGGUCAAUUUAAGAAACAUGGUAAAAGCUUUGUUUAGAGAGAAUAGCCACGCUUCCACAGAGAAAGGAAUGCUUCAGUGGAAUCUUCACAAGAAAGUCCAGACCCAUCCAUCUUGCACAGUCGCACUGAUCAAAAAACUGAUCAAACAACUGCAAAAGUGCAUAGAUAAGGAGAUGUGUCAGCCCCAUGUACACAUCAUUCCCAUCCUCCACACACUCUACUAUGUGGUUUUACAGUCUCCCGCUGUGAUCCCAGUCAGAUUGUACCAGAGCAUGUACGGCUGUCUGAUGAGGCUGCUUAUAUUACCACUCCCUCAUUGUGCUGUGGCCUUGAGCACACUGAAAAGCAUCAAGACAGAGCUGUUCACGCCAGGUUCUUUGUACCACAGAAGAGUCAUUGCAGAGCAGAGCUUCAAAAAUGACUACUUCAAUUUUCAAGAGAGAGUGAUUCUUCUGGCUGACCCGGAGCUGUUCUCAGGCCCACUGGAGGCCAGAGUGAGGGCAGACCUGGAGGUGAGCAACUCCCUCAGAGAUCCUCUGGUCCAAAAGAGAAAAAUGGUGCUGAGGUUACUGCAGUUGGGACUGGGCUCCGACUGUCACAGCCCCACGCUGUGGCAAGCUCUGGAGAGCUUAGGAGAGCGGAGUCUGGAGGCCUUCUUCCAGGAGACUGUUCUUGCAGUGGAGCAGGGUGUGCAGAAGGGGCCUGAGGGCUUGAGAGACUACACUGACAAGCUGCAAAUCAUUUAUGCCAAUAUUUUGAUAUCCUCUGAUAAAGCAAUAGGCUAUGAAGACAACACCGCGUACCCCAUACCCAUGCCUUACCCUGAAAUCAACUUCAUUCUAUGGAACGAUGAAGAAGAUCUGUGGAAUGCGCUCACAACCUUUACCCUGAGCUCCAGCUUUGACUUUGAUGAUAAAAGCCAGCAUGUGUCAGUGCAGUCUAAGGACAGUGUCACUGAGAAGAACUUGAAGGAGCACAACAGUGAAUCAGGGAGGCCUCCUCAGAGAAGCACGAGCUCUCUGUCCAGGAGGAAUGCUUACAAGGCCACCAAAUCUGGCAACCAGCUGAGUCUGAUGAAUGACAAGAUGGAGAGCUCCUCCACUGUCUCCUCCUCCUGCAGAAUGCAAUGCCGACACACGGCCCGUGUUGUUGUCAUGGGAGAUGACCGUAUCCUGGGCAAACUGGCCAGUGCAUACCUCAGCAUUCGAGAAAAGGAAUCCAAGCACAUAAGGCUUACUAAGAAGAUCAAUUUGCAGUUCUAUUAUAUUCCAAUGACUGAUGUAGAGCCAUCUGUCCCUCUGCAGCCUAACGCCGCAGGUCAAGAUCAAGCCAGGCUGUCUAUGGCUUCUUUUUUGGGAAAAGUAGAUUCCUGGUAUGACGUCAAUAUCAACAUCCUCCAAAUUGCCAUGACCACAAAUGCUGGAAUGGACCACACGAAUCACAACAGACCAUCAGAGCAAAACCUAUUUUUUCUGGACACUCUUACUUACUAUCUACGCUGUGGACUACAGAAAGUUAACCUGCCACUUUACAAAGUCAAGAUGAUGCGCUGCAGUAAUGAGGUGAGCUCAGUGAUAGAAGAGGUGUUUGUGUCCAGCCUGGAGGCAGAUGUGGCAGAGUUUAAACAUCUCAAAGACAAACGUGCCAAACCAUACAAUCGAAGAACGAGGUCAAUUGAGGUGUUUGGAGGCUUCAUGUCAGUCAGUUACACACAGAUGUUUGUGAGUAAACGCAAACAGCUGAAGGGACUGUGUCCAAUGGCGCGCAGUGCUGUCAUCACCUCUGAACCAUCUGUAACACACGGUGAUGGAAAUCUUGCUGUCAGAUUUAACUCUGUGAGCCCAGAGGAGAACACAAAGAUCUUCACUAAAACCAUUAGCAUCAAAGCAAUGGAAAACCGAACACUGGUUGUGUGUUUGGAUAAGGACUUCCACAGGACAUAUAGUGACAUCCAAAGGAUUGAAGUGUCGCCUUAUGUGGACCCAGGUUGUAAAAUCCGGACCAGGUUCAGCAUGAGCAUGACCAAAGAUCUACCUCUUAACAAAUACGUGGACAAAAUCUUAUCACUGCCAAUCAACACCUUCAGCAGUGUGACCAGCUGAGGGACUGCAAACUACUGUAUGUGUAUUAUUUCACAUUUUUCAUGAUUUUACAUUCUGUGCAUUACCAUUUUAAAUAUUGUCAGCCCACCUGCUAACCAACAAUAGAUUAUGUAUCUAUUAAAAUAAAUAAAUAAUAUCUACAAUGUAAAAUAUGCACAUUCACCUAAAGGAUUAUUAGGAACACCUGUUCAAUUUCUCCUUAAUGCAAUUAUCUAAUCAACCAAUCACAUGGCAGUUGCUUCAAUGCAUUUAGGGGUGUGGUCCUGGUCAAGACAAUCUCCUGAACUCCAAACUGAGUCAGAAUGGGAAAGAAAGGUGAUUUAAGCAAUUUGGAGCGUGGCAUGGUUGUUGGUGUCAGACGGCCGGUCUGAGUAUUUCACAAUCUGCUCAGUUACUGGGAUUUUCAUGCACAACCAUUUCUAGGGUUUACAAAGAAUGGUGUGAAAAGGGAAAAACAUCCAGUAUGCGGCAGUCCUGUGGGCGAAAAUGCCUUGUUGAUGCUAGAGGUCAGAGGAGAAUGGGCCGAGUGAUUCAAGCUGAUAGAAGAGAAACGUUGACUGAAAUAACCAUUCGCUACAAGCGAGGAAUGCAGCAAAGGAUUUGUGAAGCCACAACACGCACAACUUUGAGGCGGAUGGGCUACAACAGCAGAAGACCCCACCGGGUACCACUCAUCUCCACUACAAAUAGGAAAAAGGCUACAAUUUGCACAAGCUCACCAAAAUUGGACAGUUGAAGACUGGAAAAAUGUUGCCUGGUCUGAUGAGUCUCGAUUUCUGUUGAGACAUUCAAAUGGUAGAGUCAGAAUUUGGCGUAAACAGAAUGAGAACAUGGAUCCAUAAUGCCUUGUUACCACUGUGCAGGCUGGUGGUGGUGGUGUAAUGGUGUGGGGGAUGUUUUCUUGGCACACUUUAGAUCCCUUAGUGCCAAUUGGGCAUUGUUUAAGUGCCACGGGCUACCUGAACAUUGUUUCUGACCAUGUCCAUCCCUUCAUGACCACCAUGUUCCCAUCCUCUGAUGGCUACUUCCAGCAGGAUAAUGCACCAUGUCAUAAAGCACGAAUCAUUUCAAAUUCGUUUCUUGAACAUGACAAUGAGUUCACUGUACUACAAUGGCCCCCACAGUCACCAGAUCUCAACCCGAUAGAGCAUCUUUGGGAUGUGGUGGAACGGGAGCUUCGUGCCCUGGAUGUGCAUCUCACAAAUCUCCAUUAACUGCAAGAUGCUCCUAUCAAUAUGGGCCAACAUUUCUAAAGAAUGA